GGCUUCGGUGAUCCAGUUCAGCUCUUUGCCCUUCCUUAUGAUUACAAAGGAAAAUAGAAAACUAACAGGACUAUCACCAUCGGAAAUUUCACGGCAGUUUAAAAACUUAUUUCUGUUUAAAAAUGUCGUAUAAGGUCACUGUCAAAAACCUGCAGGAAAACAGAAAAAAGGAAGUUGAAAUCGCGUCACACAGUUUGCGAAGGGCCAGGGCUUUGGGAGGGAGCCUCAGUUUCUCUGCGGCCAAUGGAGUCUUGGAGAACCCCCAGCCGGGCCGGUUCCGUGGGAACCCACCACGCAGCCCCUCGGCCUCAUUGGGGCCUGCUUGCGCAGGCGCAAGGGACGGCGUCAGCGCAAGGGGGCGGAGCUUCUGGAAGGAGCUGUUGUCUUUCAGCCUUCGGUGGAGAGAGCGGAUGGGGAGACCAGCAGCCUGGAGACAGAGUCGGAGGCGGAGCGCUGCAGCCAUGCAGGCGGCAGAGGCGGACGCAGGCACAGGCAGGAUGGCUGGCGGCGCUGAAGGCCUGGGCAGCCAGGGGGGCAGGGGUGUCAUGGGGAGCAAGGGCGGCCCUUGCAGCGGGGGUGCUGCUGCCGCUGCAGACAACGGAGCUCUGUGUGUCGCGCCGGCACAGCACUCUCUGGGACCGGGCGGACACCCUGCACCCACGGCCAGAAGGCCGGGAAGCCGGCCACACGUAUUCGCCCUAAGUGUGCCUUUCCCGUCCACCUUGGAGGCGGAGAUAGCCCGUGGCUCCCUGGCCCCAGAUGCCGAACUGCACCAUGGGACUGUUGGGAAGGAGCUCACAGUAAGCGGCAGCGUCCUGGCGGUCCACUGGAGAGCUGAAGAUUCCCACCUCCUCCAAACUUCCAUCGUCUCCUUUCUUGACCAUCUUUCUCUGGUGAUACGGACCAUGCAGCGCUUUGGGCCCCCUGUUGCACGCUAAGCCAGGGCUAGAGAAGGGGAUUAAGGUCUAAACUUGUGCCCCUUCCUAGACAGUGCAUCCCUCCUAGGGCAGAGAUUCCUGUAGUAGUUGCCGCUUUAUUAUGGGGUCCUCAUCUUUUGCCUCUACUGGCCCUUGGGUGCUGAGGGUUCACUUGUCCUGUUGGGUGCUUAAAUGUUUCUUAACUACUGAAAAUAAAACUGAGCUACG